AAACAUCAACAAAAACAUAUGAACAUCAACAUGUCAGUGCAAUAGUUUUGGCAGAAAUUCUUGCAAUAUAAUUUAUAAUAAUACUUUAAUUCCAUUACAAAUCCCAAAAUCUUAUAAUGCUGCAUAAUGAUCAUAGCAUUGCAGAUGCUGAUUAUUUUCCGUGAAUCCAUUUUGGCCCUUUUGAAUGGAUGGCUGCCUCCGUUUUUCAAUCAACUGGUUAGGAAGUUGAGUGAUAACGGGCUGCAUGUGAAAGAAGAAAUCGAUGACCAGGUUUAUGCAGACCACGAUGACGAAUGUGGAGUGGUGUUCUUCCCGCCGGUGUACGCUCAACGGUAUGCAGCAGUCUGCGAUUGCCUUAUGGAUGAACAGUGGUUUGGCAGGUUAGAAAAGGUCUUAAAUAUAGGGAAGCACUAUGACAUACAUUUCUUGAGAUAUCUAACUGAAGUGGCGGGAGUAACACAAAUACUUGGUCUAGAUACAGUACACUCUCUGAACUGUACCUGUGAUUUUCGUGAUUUAUCAUUAAAUUAUUUAGAAAGAUGGGAAAAAUCAUUGCAAAUUACUCUACUCCAAGGAAAUGCGGCUGACCCAGACUACCGGCUUAUUGGCUGUGAUGCAGUCAUUGCUAUUGAGAUGAUACAAAAACUGUUGCCGCAUGAUCUAGACAGGCUCAUUCACAAUGUGUUUGGGUUUGUCAAGCCUUGGGUUGUCCUGUUUACUACGCCUAACGCGGAUUUUAAUAGUCUUAUGAAGAAUUUGGACAAGAAUGGACUGAGACAGUCGGAUCAUUACUUUGAAUGGACCAGAGACCAGCUGCAUGAUUGGUGCAGCAACAUUGUAAUGAGAUACCCAGAAUACAUGGUCAUGUCAAGAGGCAUUGGCCCUGGGCCUCCUGGCACCUCUCACUAUGGCUGCUUUAGUCAACUUGUGCUCUUCAUAUCAAAACAUUAUUAUAAGAAGAAGGAACUCAAUGUUAACAGCUUGGUGAUGGUUUCAAAUCUCCCAGAGCCUGAACAAGUAAGCAAGAUUGGCUGGAUAUCACCCAAAAAUGCGAAUAGUUCGUGUAGCACGUUCCAUGGACUACUCGAAGCUGAAACUUCAGAGUUUAGCUCCAGCCAAUACUCGUCUGAUACUGAGCCAUCAAGUUUCACAUCUUUGACUAUUCAGACUAUAGACAGGAGUGUCCAAUGCAACGUUGAAGUAGAAUUUGGCAAGAAAUUUGUUAUGUUCGACGAUAACGAAAUGUAUCAGAUUAAGAUGCCUCGUAAGAGAUCGGACGGAGAAGUUUAUGAGAUUGGAGAUGUUACGAGCAGGUUAAAUAACACCAUGCAUUACGUAAAGCAGUUCUCGAAAACAACACAGUAUUUAAUAGAAAAAAACGAAUACAACAAUAUGGAUUGGAUGGACGAAAUCCUACAGCUGACGGAUCAAUUGUCAUGCAAAAUAAAUCAACGUUUUGGGGAUGAAUGUCACGUGUGGAACAACGUAAAUUGGGGCGAUAAUGUUCCAUAUUGGAACCAGUAUUAUAAGGUUGUGGGAGUGUAUAACUUUCCGUAUGAGGGGAGACCCGAGGAAGAUGUGAUCCUCGAGGUGUUAUCUGAAGAGAUCAACAAGUGUUUUGAUAAGCACGUUCGGGGCAGCAAACUAGGGAUACCCGUGGAGGCGUUGAUGAACGCUGUCAAACAUAUCACGGAUGACGUUGAAAAAGUUAUUAUGCUCAUGGAGGACAGCGGAUACGAGUUGGAAGGUAAAUCCGUGGUGUACACUGGCGACUAUGUCUCGGAGGCCAACUAUGAGGCGGAUUUCGACUCCAGCUUUGAUUCCGAUUCCGUAUCCAAUGGAAGCUCUAGCGGACUCGAUUAUAAUGGCCGCUUGCUCAACCCGACCAUUGGCCGCAAAAUCAAGAUGCUGCGUCUGAUGUUGCCCCAAGAAGAUGACUAUAAGCGGGCUUUAGGCAAAGUCAUAUGUAGGCUGAAGAAGAUCGCGUUGAGUUCUGUGCCAUACAUGCAGGGCCCGGCUCGAUCCAAAUGGCUUCGAUCGAAACUUCUCGAACUGUUCACGAUGACGGAGAAAUCGAUUUUGAGAAGGAAACUGCGGAAAAACGAGAUCGUUCCGUUAAAAGGUUUGCAUUAUGACACGGGGGAUGAAAUAAACAGCCAAUUGUCUAGAAUUAAAGCAGAAGAUGAUACAGCGAUAAGAUUAGUGGAAAAGUAUGAGGCUAUAUUGCGGAUGUCAGCAGAUAACUCUGACAAAGUGAUUUACGAACACGGCAGUAACAAGUCUUCUCCUUCUAAGGUUACCGACGGUUCAAAAAAUAGUAGCAGUGUUGACUUACAUGACAAAUUUCCUGCUGCCGAGACUAAUGAUUUAAGUUUGUUACCUAACGAAGAAUUGACACGUUACACGUUAGAUGACCAACACAUUGAUGGUCUACAAGAUCGGGAAGAAAAAGAUACGAGUCUGUAUGAAGAUGAAACAAAAGAAAUAAAAAUUAGAAAAUACGGUAAUAAAAUUUCGCCAAAACAAUCUAAGGACAAGAAAUCGCGCAAAGAUAAUAAAGGGAAAAGCAAAACCAAAUCUAAGAAAAGGAAACAAACUAGCUCAAACAGCAGUAUUUGUAAAAAGAAAACGAAACACAGUGCGACUCGAAUAGAAGUGAAUCGAAGUCUGGUACAUACAUCUUGUAACAAAGUUCUGGACAGGAGAAAUGAUAGUGCCAGACAUAAACCUGGGAAAGUUAUGAACAAAAUGACAUACAAUAAUACAUUAGUUUGUAUCGAUACGAUGAAGAGGAAAAUGGGGCCUACUUUGGUUCUCACGGUUCCGCCCAAACCUAUUCCAGGCAGCAUACUUGAAUUAUGUCACCCUCAUUUACAUGACAAAAGAGCUGAGCCCUUUCAAAAAACCAUCAACUCCUGGGAUGACACAGCCGAUUCACCUGUGGCCCCUGUGGCGGCCACUGAACACAGUCAAACGGUAGACAUUUUGAGCCAAAGCGAAACGGUAAUGGUGGCUUUGCAAAGAAUGAUUGGUACUGACCCAGAUGUGUAUACAGAAAUACACGAGCAUGAAUUAGAGCUGGCAGAGUUGAACAGUUUGUUGAAUGAUACCACAUACUUUGCUCAUACCGAGAAGAAUCCGUCUAAAGUUGCGGUGUAUGAUCCACCUGGAAUAGGCGCAUUCACUCAAAAGUCUACCAGCGCACAGCAAGAAAUUACCCCUUUUCCUUGCAUAUUGAAGACUCCGGUUGUAGAAAUCGUGACGCAAGACGGCCAGGAAUUGAUCGCUUUACAACGUACCAUUGGUACCGACCCAGAAGUUGAUACCGAAGAGAACGAGCAAGAAUUAGGGAAUUCGAAAUUAACAACUUCUCUUACUAAUAUGGCAUCGUUCGAGAAGUUUCCUGUCGGAGUAGGGAACGCGACAUCACAGGAAUUCUUUUUAUAUGAUUUAAACGAACCAACAACAUCGAAAGGGAUUCGUCAUGUAAGCAUGGACGUGCAAUGUGGCACAGGGCGUCAGAUAUCUGCGACGACUUCAUUCACGUGUCCCUUGAACUUUAAAAAUGACUGCGUAACCUCAACGCACGACAUAUUAAAAGCUUGUGAACCAAUGGCGCCUCCUUGGAUGAAAUCUGUUGGUAUCAAAAUAAAAGACUCAAAUCAUGAAAUCAAUGAUACAUCCAAAGAAACAGAAACUGAUUGUAGUUCUUUCACAAUAGUUGGUGAUGAGUUCAUAAAUACACUACCCAAAAACUCUGCGCUAAUUGAAACUCGGCACCCUAACUUACUAAUGGAAAAAACUCUUGACUAUACCAAGAAAACGAUACCUAAUAUGCUAUCUAGAAACAUCAAGAGCCCUAGGCCAUAUGGCCGGCCGAAAUGGAAUGAAAUUAAAAAGAAAGAUUCUAAUCACGUAGUGUCUCGGAUUUUACAUGUACCAAAAGGGGUACGGUCCAAACUGAGCUGUGGGGGUGUCCACGUCCAUAGUUACAAAAGUUUGGAGGUAUCUGAAGACGUAGUUUACCAAGGCGAGUGGCAAAGACACAGGCCAUAUCGUAAUCCUAAAAAACUUAACCAACCUUCUACGGAUAAAUUAAAGUUUCCCCGUAAAGCGAGUGUCCCGCCAAUACUCCAGAAGCCGAUAGUUCAAAAAACCGUCGUUACGCCUAUAAUAAUCCGAAAUACUAAAGCGAGCAAGAUGAAGGAAGUUGUGACUAAGAUGCACAUACAAGCUAAAUUAGUUCCUGCAAAGCAGCAAGUACCUAAAAACAGGACCGUAAUUCGGCGGGUGCCAAAGGUUACAUCCAAAUCGAAUGUUAGUUAUUCAAAACCAAUAAAGGUAAAAUCAAAUAAGAUAAUCGAGCCUCCGCGGAAUACUAGAUAUGCAUCAAAGCCUACUAUAAUAAAAGAAAAUACCAUUGCGAUCACACAGAAGAGAAAAGUGUACAUUCCUCCCUAUUUGGAGAAAAUGGCAAAAAAGCAGCAGGUCCAAAAAAAACCCAGCAAGAUAGAGGCUAAAUCAGAUAGUCUGUCAAAUCAGUUAAAUGUGAAGAACGAACAGAUUACGUCGAUAUCAUCGGAAUCGAAAGUUGAAGAUCUAUUAUCGCCGUUGUUAAAAGUCUCCAUUAAACCUGCAAAGGAUGUAAAUUACGUUGUGUAUCGGAAUGAAAUGGAGAACUCUAAUUGCAGAACUGCAAUAGAAAAUAUGCCUGUUACGGCCAGACCUAGUAGUCAGGAAGAUGUUUUAAGGCGCAAACUCAGCAAUCUCAGCAACAACGACUCUGCAUACUCAUCUACCAACAGCGCCCCCAUCGCGUUAAAGCCAGUAAUUGCAAAUAUCCAUCUUUUUCAAUCAAGUAGGAAAACUACGGCGGUAAAAUCAACAAUAAAGUCUAGCAUAAAACGCGAAGGGACAGAUAGCAAAAUGGUUUCCAGAAUGAAGAAACUAGCCAAAUUAAUGUUUUUGAAAAAAUCACACACUAAUGUUGCAAACCACUUGCCAAAAGUCUCUACCAUAUCACAAAACUCAUCGAAAAUGUCUCUAAAAGUUGAUUUAUUGUUAGACGAGACGGGCAAUAAUACUGCAUCUAGUGAAGAGUCAAAGUCCAGUGUCACAGAAACGACAUUUUUUGAAAGUUCUAAUAGCAAAAUUGAGUCAUGUCAGAAUGACAAACCGGGCUCAAAAACUACUUUAGUACUUGAUUGUAGUGAAUCAAAUACACGAGACUUGAAGGCGGAAUCGGGUUUCGACUUUAGUGAAGCAAAAUUUGAUACUCAAGAAUCUUCCAAUAAAAGCUCUCCCAGAAUUUUAGACAACGAUGUGCGGUCGAAAGCGAUGGACAAUACUAGUGAAACCGAAACCGAUAGCUCUAAUGAUAUUUUAGUUGAAAUGAGGAAAUUGUUAGAAGAAUGCUUGAACUUUAAAGAUACAUCGGGAGUGACUAUAAAUACAGUUUCUGAGGAUGCCGAUCUAAACUCUUGUGAUUUUUACAAUGUUACUCCUAUUGGAUCUGAGACGAAUGAGACUAGCAGUAGUUUUCACCGAACUUAUGGCGUUGGGUCGACAGUAAGCCUGACGCAGAGUUUUACAGAUUUCUCGUAUAAGUCGCUGCCGUCAGAGUCGAGAGCGCGUUAUACGUUUUCUGAGAGCGUUAUAGACGAAAGUUGGUACAACAUCGCUGAUUCCAGGCCAGGAAGCGAAGUUCAAUCUGAAAAUAAGGAUGCUAUUAGCAUAACCCAGAAACCGAAAACUGAUCUUGCGUUGAGCUCUUUCUCCGUGAACGCUCAACCGAGUCCUUUAGCGUUGGGGCAACAGCCAGACUACGUUAACCUCGUCGACUCCGAGACUGGGAGUUGUGCGCAGGCGGCUAGGCGAGCUACCUCUGAAGAAGUGUUUGUGUCCGGCCGUUCGUCCGAGAGUUACGUGUCUUGCGCGGUGGAGGAAGACGCUUCAAUUCCGAGCUGGUUGUAUGACAUCAGUCGGCAGGCAUCGGGUAGCUUCUCGUCGGACCGGCCCGCCGUCCUACCCGAAGUUGUCUCCGAACUGGACUUGGACGUGAAUGGCAACGAGCUGACGAUACACGGCGCGGGCGCGGGUGACGGCUGCGGAAUCCACAGCGACCAAUCGCAGGACAGCUCGGGUCAGGGGACCUCGUUCAGCUCUACUGCAAGCUCGACAGUUCAUAGCGAGUCCAUCGUGGUUGACCCGGCAUCGUUCCUGGCAGACUAUUCACCACCGGGUGAACGAUCACAUUCCCCGGCCAUAGCUCCACUAGAGGAAUCGAUUGAAACUUUAGACAUCGCAGCGUCCGAAAACCAAAACCGGCCUCUAAACAGAAAUCGUAUCCCACGGACCAUACACAGGGCGAGCUUGCCGGCCAGCGACGCCGACAUCAGCUCGAUUGACACGGACGCCCCCUCCGAUUAGAACGACAUUAUCGUUUACUUUUCAAGCAUCGGAUUAUUCCAACUUUGUAACCCUGCAAUACGUAUUUUAUCUUAAAAAUACAGCGAUUCACCAAAGCGGACGAAUGAAAUGAAAAAU